GCAGCACUCGGUGGGACGACCGGAGGAGGAGCGGGAGGGGACGGAACUGGGGCGGGGCGGACCGCAGCACGGCAGCGGCGGGUGUCUAACAGGGUGCCGGUGGCCGGCGGCCGGCAGCGGGCCAUGACUCGCCAGGCAGACGGCGCUAGUGCGGGCUCGGACCCCACCUCCAGCCGGCUACCCUCUGGGGUGGCCCAGCUGCUGUCGGCGCUCUUCUACGGGACCUGCUCCUUCCUCAUCGUCCUGGUCAACAAGGCGCUGCUGACAACCUACGGUUUCCCAUCACCAAUUGUUCUUGGAGUUGGUCAGAUGGCAGCUACCAUAAUGAUACUGUAUGUGUCCAAGCUAAAUAAAAUAAUUCACUUCCCUGAUUUUGACAAGAAAAUUCCUGUAAAGCUGUUUCCCCUGCCUCUCCUCUACAUUGGAAACCACAUAAGUGGAUUAUCAAGCACAAGUAGAUUAAGCUUGCCGAUGUUCACUGUGCUCAGGAAAUUUACCAUUCCACUCACUUUACUCUUGGAAACCAUCAUACUUGGGAAACAGUAUUCCUUGAACAUCAUUGUCAGUGUCUUUGCCAUCGUUCUUGGUGCUGUCAUAGCAGCUGGUUCUGACCUUGCCUUUAACCUGGAAGGCUAUAUUUUUGUAUUCCUGAAUGAUAUCUUUACGGCAGCGAAUGGAGUUUAUACCAAACAGAAAAUGGACCCAAAGGAGCUAGGGAAGUAUGGAGUACUGUUUUACAAUGCCUGUUUCAUGAUUAUCCCAACCCUCAUCCUUAGCAUCUCCACAGGAGACCUCCAACAGGCGACUGAAUUCAACCAAUGGAAGAAUGUUGUAUUUAUCUUACAGUUUCUUCUUUCCUGUUUUUUGGGGUUUCUGUUGAUGUACUCCACGGUGCUGUGCAGCUACUACAACUCCGCCCUGACGACAGCGGUGGUUGGAGCCGUCAAGAAUGUAUCCAUUGCCUACAUUGGGAUGGUAGUCGGUGGAGAUUACAUUUUCUCUGUGUCAAACUUCAUAGGCUUAAAUAUUUGGUACUGAAGCACAUGGAAAAAGACAGCAUGCCCCUGUAGGAUGAAGCCAGGUGAAGUCCCCAAGCCAUUCCUGGGGACUUCCUGUUGAAGAAAUGCCAUCUCUGUGGUUUCUGACUCUCACCUCCAUGCAGGUUGAAUUCUCCCACGAUAAACCUCGGACCUUUCUGUCCUCACUGUGUGCUCCUUGGGCUGGAAUUCGGGCAUUAGCUGGUGGCUUGUUAGAAAUGCAGAAUGUUAGGGUGCACACACCAGUUAGCAUCUGCAUUUAAACUGGGUAAUCUGAGAAGUGUACCCCAGUCCAGUGUUUUAGACCUAAUUUCAAUACCAGGGGUUCUUAUCCUGGGUUCACAGAAUUUGGGGGUGCUGGUUAACUUGGGUAGGGAAACAGUACAUCUUGAUUUUCCCUGCCAAAAUUUAGCAUUUAUUUUCAUUUGAAUGUAUGCAAAACCACAGUUGUAUUAGCUGUACUUAAGUGUGACUUUGUUAUUAAUAGAAGUUGGGAUAUUUUCAUAUCACCUUAUAGUUUUUGCUGAAAAAUCACUUAUGCCCUGAUCAGUAUUUUGGUAGUUAUUAGAGCCUCCACUAGUUCUUGUUAUAAUAUUUCCAGGAUUCUUUCUUCUUACUAAAAGCAGUAUAUUUUAGUACAUCAUAUUUAGAAUAUAUUAGAAUAACAUUUUCUUUGUAAUGGUUUCUUUUAUAGUUUUAUGUAUUUUAUUUUAUGAUUUGAAAGUUAUUCAGCUCUGGCUGGUGUGGGUCAGUGAACUGAGGCAUCAGCCUGUGAACUGAAAGGUCACUGGUUCAAUUCCCAGUCAGGGCACAUGCCUGGGUUGCGGGCCAGGUCCCUGGUUGUGGGCAUGUGAGGGACAACCAGUCGAUGGUUUCUCUUGCACAUGGAUUUUUCUGUCCCUCUCUUUCUCCCCUGCUCCCCUAUCUAAAAAUGUAUGAAUAAAUAAAAUCUUUAAAUUUACACCAAUGUCUAAAAAUUCUUUUUCAGAGAAGGAGGCAAUAACCAUCUCUAGACUGCCAGUGUGGCCUGCAACCUGUGUCAGAAGAAAAGAGAAAAUUCCAGAUUAAUAUAGUUUUUUUUCAGUAAUUGUUUCGUUUUUGGCCUCAGUACCAGUGGAGAUUUAC